ACCACUCUCCUCUCCUCUCUCUCCUCUCCUCUCCCUUGCCUGUCGCAGACAUUCAUUGUUAGACUAUACUCACCUGGGAGGAGAGCAAGUGAAUCGCAACACUAUCCCCCCGUCAUUUCACACUGGUGUUAUGCAAUACUACCGCUUCAACUCGUCUUUGCCGUUGUCUCUAUUGGCGUCCGCUCCUGCUCUGGCUUCCCUCUCGCUCCAUCACUGACCUGGACGGAUCCAAUAUCAUUGGCAGACUUCUUCUCCAGUUCAAAAUCACGUUCGCCGCCACCACCUCCCCGAACAUUCACCUAUAUCCCACUGGAGCGCCCGGGCACCGCUUACUCUGUUCACCCUGGUCGUCCUCGUGCCCAUUCCACCACCACCGCGGGCUCCUCGAUUCAUUCUGGCCAACGGGGUCCAGGCUUGCCACCGAAUCCCUAUCCCGGUUCAUCCAGUGUGCUUGAUAACUCCAGGUCAGAUAGGCCAAUGGCGGGCGUAAUAGAUGUUGAUCGCACCCGGACACGGAGAGACAGAACGUUCGUUGGCACCGAUUGCGCAAUCUGUGAUGAGCCGCUGGAACACACCUUGCGUGGAGAGCGUGUCCUCCAGUUCUCCUGUACUCAUGUCUCGCAUGAAGCUUGCUUCUAUGAAUAUAUUCGCGAAUAUGAAGGCCAGUACUGCCCAACAUGCGAUGCGCCGUUAGGACUUGAUACUAGUCGUGGGGGAAACAUGAUGGACCUCGAAAAACUCAGCAAUAUUGUCCGCUCUGUGACUAGCGAUGCUGCGACGCAACGAAGUGGCAUACCCAACCUUCCCCCAUGGGAAGCCGUCCCGGUCCAAGCACGACGGCCCAGUGAUGCGGGAAGUCAUGCGGGAAGUCAUGCAGGAAGCAGACCGCCCAACCGUGAGAGCCGAGAUGCCUAUAGCCGGCGUGACAGUCGGGACACUAGCAGUCACCGCGAACGCGAACGUGUUGAACGCCUGACUACGGGUUCCCGCCAACAACACUCGCGUAAUGGGAGUGUUGCUGGGUCAUCCGAUUACAACGACUCUCACCAUCAUGCAGUCAACGGGAGACGACAUGACUACGACGUGCAAGCUAUGGAAUCCGACAUCAGCUCGCGUCCCACCGUCACCAGGAACCCAAUUCCCGCGCCAACUGUGACUAUUCGUAGCGAGUUUCCAACCCUGAACCGGUCGCGCCAGCAGCAGUCUUUAACGUGCCUGAUCACGGUAGAAGUGCCCGAGGGCAGUUGGCACCCCGAUGCAAACGAUCUGAACAGUGCCGAUCAGCCCCAGGAUGAACCUUACGGUUCAAUGCAAGUACCCGCCGGCCAAGAGCCCAAACAAGUCCCGUUUGAAAGCCAGGAGAAUUUGGAUGAACUUGCUGAGGAGUUGCGGAAUAAGGUGGACAACUGGCAUGGACUUGAAUUCAACCGGUUUGGCAAGCUUCGCUUGCACGGUCAUAUGAGCGUGGGAAAGGAUCGUGCAUCCUGGCAGGACCUGGAAUGUUAUCUUUUUGGAGAGAUGCUCAUCUGUGUCAAGGAAAAGAAGGCUCCUUCGCGCCGUCACUAUGAUGAUGAUCAAUCCAAGCCCAAGGCAACCCGGUGUACAUUAAAAGGCUCGAUCCUGAUCAAGAAGCACCUGAACAGCAUGGAAGCCGCUGCAGACGAGCCGAUCCUAGCGCUGAACUUGUCCGUCACAGAGCUUCCCUGCUUUUACCUUCGUUUCCCAAACCGCAGCCAGUUGGACCUCUGGCGUCGUUCCCUCCUCGAUCUUCAUCCUAUGGAUGGUAUGUCCCGGAAUGCUGAUUACGACCUCGAUGCUUCGGGCACGGAGGAGGAUGAUUAUCGCAAUAAUCAAAUCAAGCGUCAGGCCUCUAUCAACUCAUCCUACGGAGCAGCACGGUCGAUCAACACGACUAUUACCGAUUACACGAACACGGGUCCGGAGAGCCCGGCGCAAUCCAUCCAUAUUCCACUCGACCUUGUAGUUGUGAUCCCAAUUUCAUCUUCCAUGCAAGGACUGAAGAUUACUCUUCUGCGUGAUGCACUCAAAUUCCUCGUCCAAAACCUUGGUCCUCGGGACCGUAUGGGAUUGGUGACAUUUGGCUCUAACUGUGGAGGAGCCCCAAUUGUCGGAAUGACUACUAAAUCGUGGGGUGGAUGGCCCAAGGUCUUUGAGACCAUCCGCCCCGUCGGACAGAAAAGUCUUCGCGCCGAUGUGGUCGAGGGUGCUAACGUGGCCAUGGACUUGCUCAUGCAACGGAAAGCGUCGAACCCUAUCUCCACCAUCCUUUUGAUCAGCGACACUUCCACGUCCGAUCCCGACAGCGUCGAUUUUGUUGUAUCCAGGGCUGAAGCUGCGAAGGUUAACAUUCACUCCUUUGGCCUUGGCUUGACACACAAGCCGGACACCAUCAUUGAACUUUCCACCCGCACCAAAGGAUCCUACCUCUAUGUGAAGGAUUGGAUGAUGCUUCGGGAGUGUCUCGCUGGUUGUUUGGGUGCGUUGCAGACCACCUCGCACCAGAACGUGAAGCUGAAGCUUCGUCUGCCCGAGGGUUCUCCUGCCAAGUUCGUGAAAAUCAGUGGAGCACUCCAUACAACAAAACGAGCCACUGGUCGCGAUGCAGAGGCUGCUCUCGGGGACUUCCGGUUUGGUGACAAGCGUGAUGUGCUCGUUCAACUUGUCAUCCCCCCCGAUAACGCGACGCAAGACCUUACGCCUCAGGAUGCGUGGGAAAGUCUAGUGUCCGGACUCGAGGCACUGGGAGGCAUGUCUGACGGCGACGACCAACGUGUGUCAAGUGUGGAGGAGGUCCCGCUGAUCCAAGCAGACCUAACCUAUGGCGACCUUCUGCGAGAGGGCCACCUGACCCAUCCUCCCCGGCCCUCGCUUUUAGCGAUCACCAUGCUUCCACCAAACCCGAAAGCCAAACCUGGCCGCCCGUCCACCCCGGCCAUCCCUCCUCAUCCGUCCAUUGUUCAGCGACGCAUGGAGCUUUUGACAUCCGACAUGUUGACACGAGCAUUGACGUUGAUCUCUCGCGGGCAGCAUGAUCGUGCGCAGCAUCUGUUGACCGAGACUCGCAGUAUUCUCAAAGGCCUGGGCAAGGGUGGACUUCCUCCACUCCCUGGCAUGAGGCCGGCGGGUACCAGCGACGCGGGUAGCAGAGCAGAUACUCCCACCUCGUCUUCCCCCAAGUCGUCUAUGUUUGAUGGCCACUCCUCAGCGGCUUCUGAUACGGCGACCAUCACUUCUGUCUCUGCAGUCGAUGGACAGACCAUGACGGCGUUGGACGCAGACCUGCAGUCAGCGCUGGAGUGGAUCAACCAUCCGGCGGUAUUCUCCCGAGACUCCCGCAAGGCCGUGCUGCAAGGGAUUGGGGUGAUCUCAUCGCAACGAGCAUACACUUUCCGGUCGCCAUCCGAGGCACACUGGGCCCAGCGAGUCGCAGGAGUGCGACUGCUGACGGAACGGUCCAAGGAAUGGCGUGAAACCGGCGACGACGCGUUGACUGAAGAAUAAAUGUGACGACUACCGAUCUAUUAAUGUGUCAUCUAUACUGGAUGUAACACUCAGUCCUUCGUUUGUUUCCUUUUCAUUUCUCGUUAUUUAUCUUCUCGAUUAUGAUACCACUCUGUUUUACCACGACUGUGCGACAUG